AUGGGUCCUCGGCGAGUAUUUUUUAACAAAAUACGUAAUGUUGAAGCUCCACCUUCGACUACAUGCAAUUUAAACGAAAAUAUUCCCUGCGAGAAAAAACAACCAUCAUCAUCUGGAAAAAGUGUCGUUGAAAUACCUGUUAUUCAAGAAUCAGACAAUGUUGAUGGCACAACAACUACAACAAAGAAAAAAUUGAUAUUACGAAAAACUAAACGUACAUCUACAAAAAAACUUUAUAAUGGACCAAGAAAAAUAUUUUCAACAAGUUACAAAGCUAAUCGUGCUCAGUUAAAUCAUAAAGAUUUUUUUGGUGCUGAAGAAUUGGAAUUUGAUGAUGAAAAACCAUUGUCUCCAGUCGAAGAUAAAUUUUGUUCUCAAUCAAAUCGUGCUAAUGAAAUCAUUGAUUCGAAUCGUGAACAAAUCAGUCGCAUAACAGUUCUAAAUUCAAAAGGCGUUCAUUUUCCUUGCUCAUCGACAGUUACAACAGCAACAUCAACAUCAACUACUACCACUACAAAAUUAUUACGUUCUUGUCCAUCUCAAACGAAUAAUCGAAUGGUAGUAAAUAAUAGUGGAACAACUGCGACUUCUAGCGCCACAAAAAUAAUUGAAAAUGGUAAAAUGAAAAUUGUUUGUCCAAGAAAUCAAAAAAAUAUGUUUACAGUCGUUCCAAAUAUUCGACAACCGACAACAUGUGAGGAACUUGGUGAAACACAGAGUUAUAUCGAUGAUAUGGAGUAUUUAUUGGCCGGUUUUAAAUCUACAAAAUUAUUGGAUGAUAGAUGUUUAAGUGCUGUUAAAUUUGCUGAACAAUGUGCUAAUCCAAAUUUUCGCAUGCAUCUUCGUACGGAAAGUGCACUUGAUAAAGUAUUUGAAUUAUUAGCUGAUGCUCCUUCUCUACCAAGUUUGAAUUUGUGUACGUCAUUUAUAUUAUACAUUUUAAGUUGGGACACACUAUCGACUGGUAUUAAUCCAAAUACUAUCAAAUUAAUAUUUAAAUUACUUAAUUCAUAUAAUCACUUUAAUGAAUUGUCAUUUGAAAAUGAUCGUGAAUAUGAAAAGACACGUCAACGUAUACAAAAUUUAGUUAAAAAAUAUGCACAAGAAUCAAAUGAAAUAUUUUAUAAUGAACGAUUUUCUACGUCAGAUAUUUUACUCGAAACAUUUGUAAAUUGUACAAGAAAAAAUUUAAAAGAGUGGUUAAAAAAUGAUAUUCGAUUAAUGGAUGGUUUAAGUACAAUAAUCGAUGAUGUUGGAUCAAUUGUUCAAGAUUUAUCUAAUAAUGAUUAUCAAUGUUAUUCUUUAAGUGAAAUACUCGUUCGUUAUAGAAAAAUAUGUCGAUAUAUUAAAAUGUUAGAAGAUUUUAUGAAUGAAAAUAGUGAUAAUCGUGAUUAUGUUUCAAAUUAUAAACAAUUUUCAUUGUUUCAUUCACUUAGCAAAUUGUUGGAUCUCUCAUUAUCAUGGAUGAAACAAUAUACUUUACAAGAAAAAUCUAGCAAAGAUGUUGACGUUGUGUUAACUCAUCAAAUAACACCGACAACGGUGAUGUCAAAUGCAUCAUUGUAUGAAAUAUUUUUACAUGGUUCUAAAACGAUCAUGUCUGUUCUUGUUAUUUUAACAAAUGAAUCGGGUAAAUCUAAAAAAGAAAAUUGUAAACGUUUAAUAUUAGAUGAUCGAUUUUUUAUGAAUUUAUUUCAAUUACUUGUUAUUAUUGAACGAACACAAGCUAAUGAUGAUCGAUUCGAUGUUAUGGCCCUGGCAAUGAAUCUUUUGAUAAAUCUUAUACAAAAUAGCAAAGAUGUCUAUAAACGUUUAAUGGAAGAUGAUAUGCCUGGUUUAACUGGUACGAAUAAAAUGAAAAUAUAUCAAUUUAUGGCAAAAUUGUUUUGUGACAAUGAAGCAUCAGCUGCCAAAGCUGAAAGUCAAGAAGAAAAUGAUUGGAUGGAAAUUGAGCAAGAUUCAUUCAAUCCGGAGCUUCGAGUAACAACUGAGAGUCGAGAAAACUUUAAUCGAGCAUUACAAAAAGCAAGUCAUCAUAUGGAAUAUAGUUUUCUGGCAGCAUUUGCUGGUGUUAUUUUAUCAUUGAUAUUAUUAAAGGACAAAACAUAUAUUGAUCGCAUUAGAGAAUUAAUGCCGUUACAAAAUUUUAAUACGAUUGCAUUUAUAUUGAAAAAAUUUUUUCUGUUCAUGAACUUAUCGAAUGCAUUUACUCAAUCGGGUGUUAAAAUAUUAGAAGAAAUCGUCGAAAUGUUACUAUCAUUAUGUUGA